AUGAAUAUCGCUAUCAAAGUGGCCAAAGGAAAACUGGCUCUUUACUUGAUCGAAGACGCGGAAAUACGCCAGAGUUUAAUGGACGACAUCGCGGAGCUAGAAGCAUUUUGCUAUGGCAGACAACAACUUGCCAGCGGCGAGGAACUAGCGAAGAUGAACAAUUGGGCGAAACUGAUUGCGCAGAUUGAGGCGGAGCUUGCUUCUCCUCAGUUGCAAAAUUUCUUCAAAUUGAGUGAAUUUCCAGAAACAGCCGACAAAAUCGUCCACGACUUGGAAGUUCACAAGAUUUCCGCUAGCAAGCGCGAAAACGAAGCGAAAACGGCGCUAAAGGAACGCGAAGAGCUGAUAGAAGAGGGAAAACGACUCCAAGAAGAGAAAAAGUGCGUCUUGUUCCGAAUUAAUGCGUUGAAAAGUUUCAUGGAAAAAGCCCUGUCAGAUCAUUACUCUGGUCGGACGAAAGAGACAAUGGAGUUUGUGGCGUACGGAGAAGGAGAAGGCGAUGGCAGCAGUAGCGAAAGUAUGGACACUGGACUCGGCCAGAUGUCGGAAAAAGUGCAGGCGAUCGCGCAAAGCCUGUACAUUGAGCUGGAAGGGAUGGUGCGCCAGUUUGGCCCGGAACCGGCGCAAACGGUGACGCCAUUCCUAGUGCGUCUGUUGGAAACGCUCGACGAGGAGAUCAAGCAGCGACGACAAUGCGCGGCUGAAUUGGAAUUGGCCAAGGCCGACCGUGAACAGCUGCUGAAUCACUAUGAGCGCGAACGGGAGCUGCGAAAAAAAGCUGAAGAGUCGCAAUUUAUCGCUGAGGAUGAAGCGGAUUUGGACAAAUCGGCGCUGCAGGAGCAACUGGAGGAUUUAGAAGGACGACUGCGUUAUUUGGACACGAAGGCGCAGAACUAUGAUGAUAUUUCGAGGAAAACAGCGGAGACGGAAGAGCAUUUGAAGCAAAAAUACGCUGAAUUGUCGAAGCGACACGCAGAAAUCCUGCAAAAGUACAUUGGAUUAAGCUUGGGCUUAGAAAAGUUUCUAAGCCCAAAACUAAGCGAGGAAAACAAAUCGUUGCGGACGAGUCAGAGCUCGACCCCGCUUCAUGAGCAGCGGGCGCCGCCGAGAAUCAGUUCGAAAUCGUCGACGCCCGAAAAUGUCACCACAGAAACAUACAACAUUAACAUCAUCAACCGAUCUGACCAGUAUGAAUCGUCUUCUGGCUCCGACUUGAGCUCUCGAAAGCUGGAACACAACAAGUCUCUGGACGAGGAAUUGAAGGAGUCACAGUCGAGUACGCAGUCUAAGAAUCACUCGCCUUUCACAGAUACGAGUAGCGACAUGAUUCCCGAAGACGUUGAGGAGUUGAUCGCAAAGACAGAUGCAGCCAGUGUGAGCAAAGAUACGACAGGUUGUGAUCUCUCCACUCAAGCUACUUUUGACAGCAACAGUAUUUCGAGCUCACGGUCAAUUGCCGAUCUGGAGCAAGAAAACUCGAGGCUGAUGGAGACAAAGAAUGCACUCAACGUCGUCAAGGAUGAUCUGCUCAGAGAACUGGAAGAAAUGACGAAUCGAUAUGCAACGGUCAAAGUCGAAUUCGAAAAGGCAAAGAAAGAAAAAGACAUUGUCUACAAACGAAUUAGCGUGGUAGAAGCUGAUCUAGCAAAGAUGCGAAUGUCGCAUGCGACAUUGGAGCAAAACGAGGAUCAAAACGAAGGACAAGAUGAUGAACCGACCGAGAAGCGAAAACGAUUCACGCGAGUUGAAAUGGCGCGAGUACUGAUGGAACGAAAUCAGUACAAAGAACGGCUGAUGGAGCUGCAAGAAGCGGUCAGGUGGACGGAAAUGCUCAGGGCCAGCAAAUACGAGCAACUGGAGGAGAAGAAGAGCGAAAGUACCAACGCGCAGAACUCGAGUGGCAAAAGCGGCAAAAGUGGCGGGAUCUACAAGUUUUUCUCCAGCCUCUUCGGUGCUUCAACGGACAGCUCUUCUUCUGGAACUCAUGGGAAGCACGUUUCGCAUUCAAACUCGGAUACUUUCGAUUUGAAAUCGCCGAGCUCUUCUAUUUCCCCGUCCAACUCGGCCGAGCUCAGCGAGCUUUGCAAAGUAGCUGGAUUUGUUCAGAAUACCGAAAAGCACAUGUCCCAAAUGUCAGGCUGGAUCUUGCCGGAGAGCGAAGUCGACAGAGCCUACACGUCAAACAUCCCAAUUCCCAACCAUUGUGCUCCUCUUGCUGAUAGUGACUCCGCCAAUUCAAAGAUUUGGUGCGCUACUUGUAUCGACGCUCCUGAGCCACUCAUUUGCAUCGUCUCUGCCUCGCGAGCGAAGGCUUCGCGAAUCACAAUCUUCAAAUCCUCCGAACCUCAAAAGCAAAUCAACUCGUUUACACUGCGCGAUGUCGUCGUGCUCUGUCAAAUCUACAUUCCGGGAUGCCCCGAGCCCAAGAAUCCAGAUCCCACGCUCAAGCAGCCGAUCACUACGCGGCCAGAUAGCAUUGAUGCUACUCAAGGAACACUCUGGUUCGGCAGUCAACAUGGGAUUCUUUAUGUUCAUAAAGUCGCAGUAACUCCAGAAGACACCAAAGCCCUGGGUCAGUUGCGUCUUGCCGAUUCAGUCGUGAGUCUCAACUCUUGCGAAAACUCGCUGAUUGCUGCUCUGGCAAAUGGGAGCCUGGCUGUGAUCCGACAGAUCAACGGCGUUUGGAAUUUCAGCGACGUGAACAUCAUUGACUUUGGCGCCCCUCACUAUGCAAUCGGCUGUGCUGCCUACAUCCCUGAGACCAAGAAGCUUUGGUGCGGCUACAGAAAUGAAGUCAAAAUCGUUCCAGUUUUGAAAGACGAUAAAAGCGAGAUGAAAACGAUUCAAGCGCAUCCUCGAAACGAAUCGCGCGUUCGACUCAUUUCCAAACACGGUGGUGGCGUUUGGGUCUCCAUUCGUUUGGACUCGACUCUCAGAUUGUACGAUGCAAAGACGGGGCAACACUUACAGGACUUGGAUUGCGAGCCCUUCGUUUCAAAAAUAUUUGGCGACUCAUUAUGCGAUCGUCCUUCGUUCUCCUUCGUCAGAAUAACUGCACUCCACGCAGGCAAAGAUCGACUGUGGAUCGGCACUGGCCAUGGCAUCGUUCUAGCCAUUCCUUACAAGCAAAACUUCAAAAACUCGGAAAACAAGAAAGAGUUCAAACUUCCCGAAUGUUCGAUGAGUGCCGCUCUUCUCAGCGUCCACGGAUUUCGUGAAGCCGUCAAGUUCUUCAUCAAUCUUGGUUGCUCAGAUUCUGAACGCAUCGCUGCCGGUGGAAUUGGCUACAUUGAUUUCCGAACUGCUAAUCAAAGUAACCUGUCGACAUCUUCAGACAUGCUUUCAAAAAGCUAUUUCCUCUGCUGGCAAAACUGA